AUUGCGGGUGGGGGCAAAAGUGUCUUUCCGCAAUAACCGCAAGAGCAAACUGAACUUGUAUAGCGAACACGCGCGUCUGGGGGCUUGGAGUCUCAUACAUUCUAUUUGCACAGAGGAAAGUGUUCAUCAACAUCAUCAUUCAUCUUAGUUUACAGCUUUCCGUACUUUUCCUUUCGCCUCUAAAUGAUGAGUUUAUCUUACGAUCCUCGCUCAGUCUGGAGUAUUAGGGUUGGUAAUUCAGCUAAUAUGUCUUGAUCUACUUAAUAAUACUUCUGAUUGCGACUCUCGAUUUAUUUUCACUUUCAGGUUUAUUAAUUAUUAUUACGAUUACUAUGUCUGUUCUUUGUUUUCACUUUUCAGACGUUUCUCUUUCCCUAUCUUGUGGCUUCUGCUGGCUACUACCAACUAUUUACAAUUGAGUUUCCCCGUUGUUGAAUGCGGGUGAGUGCUUUGGUUGAUCAAGUGGAGUGGAGCGUUAGAGUUGGUGAAGUCUUUUCCUCACGCUAUUUGGGAUAAACCCUCCUUCACACUUAUUAUCAUUACUGUCAUCCUCAAGUAGGUCUGUCCUUCCUUUCUUCUUGUAGAAGGUCAAUUUCAUGGAUGAUUGUCCUGCAAAAUUAAAAAUCAUCCCUGAUCACUUUCAAGUUCCAACAUCAAGUGUAGAGUCUCCUAGGAGUGGAACAUCAUCUAUUACAGAACCUGGAACUGAUCAAUCUUCAAGGUCCUUGCGCCAUCAGAGGACUCGAAGAAAAUUAAGGACAGCUUUCAUGUUGAAUUUGUUUAGUCCACGGCGGCUUUCAUGGGGUUCCACUACUGGAGGUCAGGAAAAGGUUGAGCUAACAGCUGCAGAAGUAGAGUCACUUCGAUCGGAGCUUGCUGAUAUAGAGGAGAGGGAAGCUCACUUGAAAGCACAGUUGGAACAUAUUGAUGAAGUUUUGCGGUCUGCUCGUCUAUCUGGAUAUUUAUACAUUCGAACUAGAUGGGCAGCACUACCAGGAGAACCUCCGCCUAUAGAUGAUACUGAAGUAGAUGAUUGGCUUCCUCGUUUUGUUGUUCUCCAUGGAACGUGUAUAUUUUUGUAUUUGUCGUGUACAGAUCUAAGCCCCCAGGACUCAACCCUUCUAUCUGAUAUUGUUGAAGUAGGGAGUUUACCAUGUUUUAAGCGAGAAGAUGAUGAAAUUCAGUAUGCCUUUUAUAUUUUAACUCGUCAUGGAUUGCGCUAUGAGUGCUCCAGCAGUUCCAAGAUACAGGUGGACUCUUGGUUAUCAGCUUUACAAAGUGACUGCAAAGUCGAAUCUGAUACAUUUAGUAAAGCUGACCGCAAACUGAAAUCUGAUACAUCAGUUUCCGAUGGUUCGAUUGAGAUGUAACAUAAGUACACCUUGUUUGGCAUAUAAUUUUGGUGUACUGAGCGUGUUUGAUGGCUGAGAAACCAAAAGAGGCCUUAUAUAGCUUUAAAAAGGCCAGGCAAUCUGGAAAGCUCUUGUAACUGUCAGAAAAAAGGAAGUGCAGAUAGGAGAUCACAUUUUGCAAGAUUUGGAGGGUUUGUAGACCUUAUCUGUUGUAAUCUGCAAUGCCCUAGCACCCUUUUUGUGGCCAUAGCCGUUGGUACAAUUUGUAAAUCACCAUUUGGAAAGCAAGAGUUGAGGAAAGAUUUGAGAUGGAAACCAUUUGAGGUGUUAGUUUCAAGAUAGAUGAUUUCGUCCCCACUAAUAACAUUCUUACAUAGAAGUAGAUUAAAAAACUUGAUCAUCCUUUAAAAAAAUGCAUCAGACGACAUUUAUUCAAAAGAGCCAAGGCAUGUAGAGUUAAUGUAAAUAAUCGCGUUAAAUUAUUAAUUGAUAAGUAUGCUAAAAAAAUAUUUAGUUGA